UGUGUGCGUUUGGGGCGGAGCGUGCACGGUUGCUUACGGAGUGGAGAAAAAGCCGAGGCAAGAGCGGACACGGACGGACCCCCUCGCUCGUCUUCACAUUGUUAACGACGGUUUCCAAAUGGCAACGACAGCGGACGACCAGCAGGGACCGGCGGACGUCGCUGCGCUGUCGCCGCAUCACGGCUGCCAGUACCACAACAGCAACAGCAACAACAACAACAAUAACAACAACAACAAAGACAGCGAGGCGGGAGAGAGCGCGACCUCCGCCACCGCCAGCACUACGGAACCCGACGGGUCGGUGCCGCAGAGCAUCGGCAACGGCUCAGUCAUCAAUCCCACCGGGGGGAAUAACGGGAAGUGGGUCCGGCUGAACGUCGGCGGCACGGUGUUCCUCACGACGCGGCAGACCCUCCUCAAAGAGCAAACUUCGUUCCUGUACCGGCUGUGCCAACACCAGGACCUGCACUCAGACACGGAUGAGACGGGAGCCUAUGUGAUUGACAGAGACCCUACCUACUUCGGUCCCAUCCUCAACUACUUGCGGCACGGCAAACUGGUCUACAACAAGGAGCUGGCUGAAGAAGGUGUCCUGGAGGAGGCUGAGUUCUACAACAUCACCCCACUGAUCAAACUGAUUAAGGAGAGGAUUGUGGAGAGGGACUCCAAAGCCACGCAGGUGCCCCCCAAGCAUGUCUACCGAGUGUUGCAGUGCCAGGAGGAGGAGCUCACCCAGAUGGUCUCCACGAUGUCGGACGGCUGGAAGUUUGAGCAGAUGGUGAACAUCGGCUCGUCAUACAGCUAUGGAACAGAGGACCAGGCUGAGUUUCUGUGUGUUGUAUCCAAGGAGCUUCACACUGCUGGAUCUGGACUGGGUACAGAGCAGAGCCACAAAACCAAGCUUUUCCAGAUCCAUGGGUCCCGGAUGUAGAAAUCACAAGAAUUUAAGUUAUUUUUUUCUAGGCUUAUUAUGACAUUAUCUGUACAUGGUGUAUAUGUGUGUUGCCUCAAUGGACAGUCAUCAAAACAGAUGUGUAGCAUUGUUAUCAGUUCACAGACAAAAUGCCAGUUAGAAAGAUUACCAAAUGACCAAAAAGAAAAAAAAAAAACUAAAUCUCACGGUCAGUCACAGCAAUAUCUUUGAAAGUAUUUUUCAGUGAAACAAAUUGUAUCAGUAGAAAUAAUAAUGUGUUGGUGUGUGCAAACAUUAUAUUGCCAAGUGCAGUAGUGGAGCUUAGUAAAUUAUAACCAAAGAGCCAGAUUAAAGCUGGCUGAUCUAAGGUGCUGAACCAAAAUGUGACAGAGAAUAUAAAAUCAGCCUGAAGAAAAUUGACACUGUUUUUGUUACCCAGUGAGGAGCCUUUGCUGCGUCACUAUGAUCUGAUAAAUGGUGUCUAAGGAUCAGAUUACAUCUGUGCUCUGCAGCUUUGGAUUAUAACAUUUCCUAAUGUAAACACAGAUGGAGGUAUUAAUCAGUUAAUCAAAGUUAACCUAAAUAUUUCAUAAUUUACUGUCAUCCCAAUGAUGGAUGCAGUUGUUACCCAAACCUUGUACUUAAAACCAUUGUUCCCACAGUCUUCUCAGAAGUUUCCUCCUGAAAGAAAAAAUUCCUAUGGCCGCUGUUGACUGCAAACAUUUCAGCCAGGACCAACUCUACUUUGUUAAGCUUGUAGGAAAUAAUGAGGAUAAUUGAACUAUUUGUUGCUCUCAGUGUGAAGAUGGGUUAACACAGGUUUGGUCUCAUUGUACACGGACUCCACAGUCCUUUUAGUCAAGGCUGGAGCAGAUCUUGGCAGUGUACACUACAUACAAACUAUACAAACAAGCUUGUUAAAUCACCUGUUUUAGCCCUAUUUAGAUAUGACCUCAUACGCAAAUCAGUACACCUUCAGUUCUGAAUUGACCUGCUUGUGGGUCUAGUUAUUUGAUCUCAGUGUGAAAAUGGGUUUAACGCUGGUUUGAUCUCAUGAUAUUAGAUGUUAGUUUAGCCAUUUAUUGGUUUUGUUGGUGUUAAAUGGACAUAUGGAAACCGUGUAGCUGGAGACAGACAAGGGCAUUUGUUGGUGUUGGAUAUUUACUGGUCACCUUAUAAAGGUUUCAUCUGGCCACAGCGAGACUGUCAGAGACCGAAACAGUCACUGUCCGACAGAGCUCAAAGCAAGCACACACACACUGCACUUACAAAAACACACACCGCUCUACAUUUUCCCCUGCACCAACACCGUGUGGUGAGCUGAUAGACACCUGCAUCACCUCGUGCCGGUGCAUGCUCAGCAGCAGCAUCAUCUCAGUCUGUCACCCUGGCUGGGAUCCAAAGCCAGCUUUGGCCCCAGCUGACAGAGCGAUGUUGGCAUGAGUUAGGAAAGGCUGUAACAGAGAGAGAAGGGUAGAGGGCAGGAGGGACGGAGGGAGAUCACAAUGAGUUGGAGAGGGUGAGACAGGAGAGUGAGGUAUAUCUCUAUUUUGUAAUAGUGAUAGUCACACAAUGUCCACUGUCAUUGUCUUUGUUUGUUAAAAUAAGGAACGGCACUUAACUCAUACUAUCAACUCUCACUGUGGGCAGAGCUGCCGCAGUGCAGGUGUAUGAUUGAAAAGGGUUUAAGAAGCAGUUAGUUAGAUAACACGUGACUUUUAACAGCCUCUAUUGGUAACUUGUAGGAACUGCACCACAGAUCAAAUUUAGUCUUGGCACAACUUCUAACAGUAGUUUGUAUAAUGGUGUGCAAGUAAAUUAAUUCAUUUCUAGGUGUCAUUCAGCAAAUACACCUGCCACAAGAUUUUGACAUCAAAUUUACUGUAGAUUUACUGGUAAAACUCUGGAGGUGAAGUUGUUGAAUGCUGGAAAAUAAAGGAUUAUACAUAGCUUAAAAAUAGUGUUCAGUUUUUAUCAGCAGGUAAAAAAAUGUGUAAAUAUGCAUUUAGCCUAGAAUAUGUCUAUCCAAUGUCAUGUCAUAGCUUAUCAGAAAACAUUUAACCAAACAAAACAUAGAACAAACAAAACAUCUACAACACAUUGUAGAACAGAUGCCAAUAGAAACUGGGCAGGACGUAGGGUCUCUUUUGAAGCAUUUCUUGGAGGCAUAAAUAACAAAAAUAACUGAGUUCAUCCACAGCGAAAUAGCCAUAAGAGUAGAAACAUUACAACAAAAAAAGGAAAAGAAGAAAGGGUAACCAUACAAAGUUAUCUGGGUUAGCUAGUUAGCCCAGUAGACAUUCCAAAUUCAAGUUAGCCAUGCUAGCCAUAUUAGCUAUACUGGCUAACAGCUGUCUAGAUAAGAUGGUUAACAGCAUAACAUAUUUUUUUAAAGGCCAAUUUCCUCAGCAGCUGGGCACUUUAGUUUUUAGCUAACAUUACUCAAAGAGUGGUGAAUAGUGCAUUUAUUUGGGUUUAUUUUCAGCCGCAGAAUAAAACACAUAUGGUAGGAUAAAUACAUACUUGGUUUUUGUCUUUUUAUGGAAUUUGUUGACCAGAAGAAAAAUAUAAAAAUAUCACUAGACUUAUCCUUUAAAGUUUGUCAUUACAGCUGUCCUGCACUGACCCUAAAAAACUGCAGUUCUUUGGCCCUGUCCACUGAGGUUUACCUCAAGCAGAGAGAUUAUUUCUGCCUCUAAGAUUUCUGCAGCCAUAUUGAGCGUUGGCUGGCAGCAGCUUAUGUCGGACGCCCCUGCUGUUUAGCUCCUGUGUAACACUGACUGACCAGCACACAGUAGGGAAACACACAAAUACACUCGGGCUGUUUUAUACAGGCAAUAAGCAGUUAAGAGUUACAAUGUGAGACAAUCAAGAAUUAAGAUCAUGGUUGGUGACUUUUUUGAUAACAUUUUGAUAAUUGAAUUUGAAAAAAUAGGCUGCAAAUACAAUUUUAUGCGUUUGUGUGUGUGUGUGUGUGUGUGUGUGUGCGUACAUAAGAUAAAGUGUCUCGUCCAUUUCAAGUGUAAAAUAGAAACAGAUAUCCGGGACCUUUUUAAGGUUCUUUGCAAUACCUUAUUAGCUAGAUUAGCAGAGUACAGUAAAUGUUCGAAUAGUAAUGAUAAAGUUACCCAUCAUGCUUAUGAUAAUCAUAACAGUGAUAUUAGCAGGAGGGAGAAGACUGAAAGAGACAUAAUUACGUUUAUUGUUUUGUUACUUCAGCUUUUUCUUGUGACUCUUUUAACUUGGAUCAUUCGGUGCCUUGAGUUCAAGCUGCAAAACUGACAUGUCAAAAGACAGACCUGUCAAAAUGAUCACAGGCGUUAUUAUUACAUGCAUUUUUUUAAAUAGCUGUAUUCAUAUUUUAGUCGAUGAAUGGGUAGUUUACAGUCUUGCUGAAAGUCCAGGUAUGACAUUUAUGUAAAUUUCUUCCAGUGCGUAUUUGCUCUGAGAAUUUUAUUUUUCAUAAGGUGUUCAAGUAGAGAUAAAGAAAGUACACAUACACAGUGAAGCAGUUUCAUGCAGCUCUUGUUGAAGGCUUAAGCUGUUUGUAUAAAAUGUCAUGGCUUUUUUAUUUUAUUUUUUUUUGUACAUUCGGUUGUCUAAUUUAUUCACAAGGUUUCUUUUUGAAUGUUACACAGUAAAAAGACUGUGACUUUUUUUUUGUGGGGGGUUUAACGUCAUCUUUGGAUGACUUUUGCUUUUUUCUACUUGAUGACUAGCUUUUAUUUUUGAUUAACCUGAUGAUCUUCAACAGUAUAUAGAAAUAUAUUCAUCAGGUUAGCUAAAUAUUCAUACAUAUAGUUCACAUAAAUGCUGUUGAACAGACAUUUCCCCAAGAAUAGAUUUUAGUUUUCCUCUCAAAUUAAAAUGUGUUACCAUUAGGCCAGUUUUAUAAAGCUCCAUUUGCAUGUCCAGUUACCUUGUUUGGUUUGCUGGAUCCACACUUAAGUUUUUUAUUUGUACACUAUUUGUUGAAUUGUUUCUGCUGUAUAGUCUGAGUGUGUUUUCACAUAGUAUUUGAUGUGUAAAAGUCUACAUAGCAGUCCUCUUUCAUUAUUCUGUGCAAAAAAACAAACAAACAACAAAUCUGUCAGGCAGCUGUGGAUAGAAAAAUAUUUUUAUCUGAUGCUGGAGUUUCUUUCUUCUGCUGUCUAUAGAGCCUCAGUGUCUGUAUACAUAAAACAAAACUAUGUGACAUGCAUUGUAACGCCUCAGAUGAACCUGUAAAGGCUUCAAGAAACGCUGUGUGUUCUGAUUUCAUUGAACUGUAUUUCAUCAGGACCUGAACAACAUACAAUAUUUUCAACAAUGUGACAGAAGGUAAAUUGUUUUUUUUUGUUUUUUUUUUAUUUAAUGUUAAUGAAUGUCACCAUUCUCAACAAAAAUAAAUCUUUGCCCUUUG